CUUUGUGCAACUUAUUGUUUAAAAAUUGAAAUAUUCUAUUUGUUGAGUUAUAAACAGAACAAUUCAUAUUGUAUUGAGUACAUUGUGUACUUCUAUUCAUCAGAAAUUAUUUAUGUUCGAAUUAACUUAUUCAAUCUGUAGAAUAAGGUGUUUUUUGUUCUUGUUUUUUAUGAGAUAAACAUACUUGUCAAUUUUUGCUCAAUUUUAGAAAAAUUCAGUUAUUUUAAAUUCUUUAAAAAAAUAGCACAUUUUGCUUUAAAAAAUCAGUAGUAGUAGUAGUAGUAGUAUAGUAGUUGUCUGUUUUCUUUGAUAAAAUUUCAGAAAGUUUUAACAUUUUAAAAAAUGGCUGAUCUUCUCCCAUUAAAAAUACAUCGGGCAUUUGGAGGGGUUUUCGAAAAUCCUAUAUCUUGUACGAUUGGCUUAAAUCUGGGUCCAAAACAAAGAAGAUCUCGCGGACAGGGUAGAUACAUUUGUCAAAAGUGUGGAAGACGUUACUACGAGGAAAAAAAUCUUCGAAGACAUUUGAUGCACGAAUGCGGCAAACAACCUUUCAGGCAGUGCAACUUUUGCCAAUACAAAUCGAUUUACAAAUUCUAUUUGGAAAAGCACAUGCAAAAACACCGGGAAAAUGCUGUUUCCAAUUUUAAUUCUUACAUUCCUCCUUGAAAAUUAUCUCAACAAUUUAUAUGCACAAACUGUAAUUAAAUAUAAAUUAUUUCUAGAAUUCUAUAAAUAUUAAACUUAG